UUGCCGCAACGGUUACAGGAUUUAGGUGGCUGGACAAAUCCCCUUAUAGUGGAGUGGUUCGCGGACUACGCGAGAGUAGCCUAUACUUUGUAUGCCGAUCGAGUAAAGGCUUGGAUUACUAUUAAUGAGCCAGCUAUUGUUUGUGACUUUGUGUAUAACUCGGGUAUAAUGGCACCUCCCAUCAAAGACCCAGGAUUCGCUAAUUACCUUUGCGCCAAGUUUAUUUUGCUGGCCCACGCUAAAGCUUGGAGAAUCUACGACGAAGAAUUUAAACCCAUGUACAAUGGUAAAGUCGGUAUAACAAAUCACCUCAUUUGGUUGGAACCCUUUUCUGAUGAAUACGAAGAACUGACGGAGAAUUUACGUCAUCAAUUGGCUGGAUUGUAUUCCCAUCCCAUAUAUACAAAAGACGGUGGAUGGCCAUCAGUAAUAGAAAAGAUAAUAGCAGAGAAGAGUAAGAGUCAAGGGUACCCACGCUCGAGGCUGCCUGCGUUCACUCAAGAAGAAAUCGACUUCAUUAAAGGUACAUAUGACUUCUACGGUUUUAACUUCUACACAAGCAGACUAGUCCGUAAAGCUAGAGAUGGAGAAACCCUCUCAAACUGGCCGAUGGAAAAUGGCUGUCCAGAGCUCAGUGGGGCCAUGGAAGUCCACCCCUCUUGGGGAAAAACGGAAUCAGAGUGGUUCUGGAGUAACCCGGUCGGCAUUCGAAAGAUGUUGGGUUGGCUGAAGAAAACGUACGGAGACAUGGAAUUCUUCAUCACGGAGAACGGCCUUGCUACUAAGGGCUACAAAUUGAAUGAUGAAGAUAGAAUUAAGUACUACAGAGACCAUUUGGAACAGGAACCAGCGAACUACGAAUUCUCCUACAAAGUGAGCCACUACAAGAGCGGAAGUGACUUUGGCCGCGCGGAAAACUGGCAGGACGAUAAAGCAGAAGGGACGUACUUUGUCGUAUUUCCUAAUGGAACCAAACAGGUGGUAGAGUACGAGGCUGAUGAAGAUGGAUUCAAGUCAAGGAUCUCGGUAAUACCAGUCGACACUGCAUUUAGCGGCGCAGGUGACGGGACUUAUUGA